UGAGAGGUGCGGAAGUGUUUUAUUACCGUGAGGGCGAUUUACACCGUGUUUACCGUCCAGACUGAUGAGCAAAGAGAAAAGUUUUCAGUAGCCCGCUGUGUGAGUGUGGAUGGUGGAUGGGAAUGAGGAUGAGGAUGGGAAUGAGGAUGGGGAUGAGGAAGACAGUGGUGGUCCUGGGGCACCUGGAGCUCGUGCGUGUUGUACUUGUGUGCGCGCUGUUCGGCUCCGUUAGCGCGCGGAGUUGCUCCGAAUCACGGCGCGCGUACGGAGAGCAGGGCUACAGCGCGAGCGCUCCCCUCAACGCCAUGUCCGGUGAACACCUGCGCUUCUGUCCUCGUGAUUACACGUGCUGUACAAGUGUGAUGGAAGAAACGCUGGUACGGCAGAGUGAAGCUGACUUCCUGUCUUCUGUUGAGGAAACCAGUCAGUUCCUGCUGACAAGCUUCACUCACACACACCGGCGUUUUGAUGAAUUUUUCCAUGAGCUGAUCGGUGUAUCAGAGAAGUCAAUGAAUCAGAUGUUCACGAAGACGUAUGGACGCAUGUACACACAAAACACGCGUCUCUUCCAGCAAUUGUUUACACAACUGAGGCAAUACUAUACAGAUGGUGGGGUGUAUAUAUCAGAAGCUGUGUCAGAUUUCUGGACAGAAUUGGUGGAGCGGGUGUUCACUCUUCUGAACCCUCACUAUCACUUCAGUGUGGAUUAUCUGGAGUGUGUAAGCAAACACACACAACAUCUACAGCCAUUCGGAGAACUGCAACGCAAACUCAGCACACAGUUGUCUCGUGCUUUAAUUGCUGCGAGGGCCUUGGUGCAAGGCCUCUCUACAGGCAGAGAUAUUGUUAACAAAGCCAUUAAGUUCAGUGUAAGUGCAGAAUGUGGUCAGGCUUUGAUGCGCCAGUUGUACUGUCCUCUAUGUAGUGGGAGUCCUUCGCUCCGGUCCUGCCACCCACUAUGCCUCAACAUCAUGAAGGGCUGUCUGGCCAAUCUUGCAGAGCUUAACUCAGAGUGGAACCGCUUCAUUGACUCUCUCCUCUCUCUGGCUGAGAGACUCAAUGGACCGUUUAAUGUGGAGCUGGCUGCUGAUUCUGUUGCUGUGAAAAUCUCUGAAGCCAUCAUGCACAUGCAGGAGAACAGCAUCAGCAUCUCGACCAAGGUGUUUCAGGGUUGUGGGAAUCCUCGUCCAGCCCCCAGUAGAACCAAGCGCUCACCGAGAGAACGAGAGAGAGAGCGUAAGACUGACAGAGAUCGAGAGAGCAGGAAGACAUUCAGGACAUUCAGUCCAGAGGAAAAGCCAACAACUGCUGCAGGAACCAAUAUGGACCGACUGAUGUUGGAUCUCCAGCAGAGUCUGAGGCCAAUGAGGGAGUUCUGGGUCAUGCUCCCCCAUUCUCUCUGCAAUGAAGACAAAAUGGCUGCUGAUGUGACCAAUGAGGAGCGCUGUUGGAAUGGAUACACACGUGGAAGGUAUCUGAUGAGUGUCACAGCUGAUGGGUUGGUGAAUCAGCUGAACAAUCCAGAAGUGGAUGUUGACAGUUCUCUGGACAUCAGAACCCGUCAGAUCCUCAUGGAGCUUCGAGUGGCAAUACACCGUCUCACACUCGCAUAUCAAGGAGUGGACACAGAUACAGUACACAGUGAUGAUGAGGAUGGUAGUGGAUCUGGAUUAGUUGAUGGGGAGGAGCUCUACAGGAAUGAUUGGCCCAAUUCGCCACGAAGCCCUGCCCAUCCUUACAAACCCCGCCCUCGAGACAGGAGUAGAGUUCAUGGUUCGGUCAAAUCAGCCGUCCAGAGAGUAUCACCUCUUUCCUUUUUCUCUCUCUGCCUCUCUCUGUUGUUCUUUCUCAUCCUCCAGUGGAGAAAAUAAAUUACUGUAGUUUUACAUGAAAAUUAAUCUGUCAUUUCCACAAGGCAGAUUGAAAGACAGGCAGAUGAAGAGACAGACUGAAAGUUGGACAGAAAGGGAGAAAAACAAUGAGAGAGAGAGACAGAAAGAGACUAAAGGAUGGUGUAGCUGAUAAUCUCACGUUCACUUCGUGUACAUUUAUAUGUGUGUGUGUGUAUGUGUGCUUUGUAGUGAAUGUCAGCGAAUGCAUUGAUAAAUGUUCACACUCAAUAUGAAUAAAGUGCAUUUGAUACUGAUGUAACUUAAAGUUUUGGUGAACCAAUCCAAAAGUGACAUUCACCAAUCAAUCACAAACGUUACUGUUACCAUCGAGUUGACGGUAAACAGUGACCUGUUGCUACUGUUUCACCGGUCUCGGUUCCAGAAGUUUCCGAGAGGAAACACUGCUCCAUGAUUGCGGCACUACAGUGUGACUCGUUCGGCUCUAGCGAAGUUAGCUAUCAAAUUCGUCAGGCUAAAACAACAUGUUGAAAAGAACAUAAAAUACGACUGACACAAAAUAUUUAAAAUCUGUGAGCCCGAAUUCACGAGGUCUAAUUUCAUAACAUCUUUUGCAAUGCGAUAAAUUAAGUAAUCAUGCAUCAUUUUUUUGUUCAAGAAAAUGUUUAUAUGAGGUGGUGGUCAAUCUGAUAGCUAGCUGGUUUGGUUUGAUGCUUUAAACAUUGAUGUAAAAAUUUUCUGGAAUGUCUUUGGAGGUUAUGAAUGUGAAGGAUACUUCUGGAACAAAGACUGUUGAGAAAGUGGAAGUCACAGUUCACAUCCUUCCAGUCAGCCUCACUGAAUGUUCAAGCUGAAUGUUUUGUUCUGCAUGCCCACGUGGUAGGACUCCAUUUUAGAGUAAGGUUUAGGAUUACAAUUGAAAUAGUUUGAUCCCUGAGGUGGGUGCAGACCGUGUUUAUUAUUUAUGUAUGUACGUUUAUUUAUUUAUUUAUUUAUUUAUUUAUUUAUUAAAAUGGUGUAAAGUUCAAAUGUCUCUCAGCAGUGUUCAGGAUCAGAGCUGCACACAUUUAUACACAUUUUUGAAAGAACAAACCAAUCUUGACUUUUUUUUAUCAUGGAAUUUUGUAUGGACACUUGUA